AUGAGGCCGAAUUUAGGGUAUAAACCCCAAUUUUCCCCCAUCCCCAGGGAGAGCCAGGUGGAGCUGCGGGAGCACAUCGACAGCCUGGCCACAGAGCUCUGCCGCAUCAAUGAGGACCAGAAGGUGGCUCUGGACCUCGACCCCUACGUGAAGAAGCUGCUGAACGCCCGGCGCCGCGUGGUGCUGGUCAACAACAUCCUCCAGAACGCCCAGGAGAGGCUGAGGAGGCUGAACCACAGCGUGGCCAAGGAGACGGUGAGGAGGAGAGCAAUGCUGGAGGCUGGGGGCUACCAGGCCAAGUGACCAAAUGACCAUCCAGGUGACCAUCCAGGUGACCAAGCAGGGCAUGAUGAUGGAGCAGGAAUUGUGGAAUUGAGGAGCUGUCCCCCCCAUCACCUGCACAUGAGGGAUUUGGGACGCUCGGAGCCGCGAUCCCGGAUUUGGGGGCGCUGGAAUAAAAGUGACUGAGAGUUUGUGGUGA